AUGACAUUCCCGUAUAACCAUGUCUUGCUCAUUGGAGCCACGUCUGGGAUCGGUAGAGCAAUAGCCGAUCGUCUGAUACAGGCUGAAAUCAAAGUGACUGCAGUCGGAAGACGAAAGGACCGCCUCGAUGAGUUCGUUGGGAAACAUGGCAAAGAAAAAGCCAAUUCAAUGGUCUACGACGUCAGCGUCAUUGACAGGAUUCCUCGAUUUGCGGCAGAUGCGACUGCUCAACAUCCGGACAUAGACUGUGUCUUCCUGAAUCAUGGCACACAGCGCAAAUACAAGUUGACCAAUCCCAAAGAUGGAGAUCUCGUGGAUUUCAGAGCAGAAAUGGAUGUCAAUUUUACCAGCUAUGUGGCUCUGACUCAGGCAUUUACUCCUUUCUUGUUGUCCAAAUCUGGUUCAGCGAGCUUUAUAUUGUCAGUGCACAACCUCGGCGUCAACCGUUUCAUUGAGAUAUUGAUCUUUUUUGACAGCACGACAUCCCUUCUAGCUCUUGUGCCAGCGCCAAGGAUCCCUGCGUACUCAGCGGCCAAAGCUGCAUUGAACGCUUUUAUAUACUGCUUGCGCGACCAGCUGAGGGAAUCGAAUGUUGGAGUGAUCGAGCUGGCUCCACCACUUGUGUCGACUGAGCUACACGAUUACAUGGGUAUUGAGAAAGGAAGAAGCAUGGGAAUGCCGGCCGAGCAGUAUGCCGAGUACGCUAUUCAAGCCCUCCAAAGAGGAAGCGACGAGGUUCUCGGUGGCAGUGUUCAACCGAUAGAUAAUUUUCAGGAAUUGGUUGAUAAGCGACGGAAGCUAUUCAAUGAGUUCGCUCCUAUGCUUCGUGAUGUGGAAUAA